GAGGGUGGUUCCGGCCGAAGGGUGACAGCCGGCGGUGGGGAGAUGAGCUGGAGAGUAGCUGAGGAAAUGGAACACGAGUCCUAGCAUCGGUCUGGGCUGGGGUUGGGUGAUGGAGGAUUUUACCUGCUUGUCCUGUGUGUUUCCCUGAAGCUUCUCGAUCCCUAGGUCCUGGCCCCAUCAGGGCUCUGGCGGAGGGCAGGGCACAAUGUCUUCUAUUUCCUGAGGCGGCUCUACCCCAGUGUACACAAAUCUAUUUAGACAUUUCCCAUGGAUGAGCUGGUGCAUGACUUGGCCUCGGCCUUGGAGCAGACCUCAGAACAAAACAAGCUGGAUGAGCUGUGGGAAGAGAUGGCCCUGAGCCCACGGCAGCAGCGACGGCAGCUUCGCAAGAGAAGGGGUCGUAAGCGGCGGUCAGACUUCACGCACCAAACAGAGCAUGCCUGCUGCUACAGUGAGGCUUCGGAAUCAAGCUUGGACGAAGCCAUGAAGGACUGUCGUGAGGUGUUGACUGCGAACUUCAGUGACUCAGAUGACAUGGCUGUGGCCAAACGCCACCCAGCUCUGAGUGCCACCCUAAAGAGCAAGCAGCAUUCUUGGCAUGAGUCAGACUCCUUCACAGAAAAUGGACCCUGCCGACCCCUCAGGCGCCGCCGGAAGGUGAAACGUGUGACCUCAGAGGUAGCUGCUAGCCUCCAGCAGAAACUCAAGGUGUCGGAGUGGAACUAUGAGAGGGGCUAUAGGUUCAAGUCAGCCAAGAAGCAGCGUCUGUCACGUUGGAAGGAGAAUGCCCCCUGGACUUCAUCCAGCCAUGGCCUCUGUGAGACAGCAGAGAACAGGCCCUUCCUCAGUAAAGGUGGGAGGAAGGAGAGGAUGGAGUGUGAAGCGGAUGAACAAAAACAGGGUUCUGAUGAAAACAUGUCUGAAUGUGAAACCAGUAGUGUAUGCAGCAGCAGUGACACUGGCCUCUUCACCAAUGACGAAGGCCGUCAAGGGGAUGAUGAGCAGAGUGAUUGGUUCUAUGAGGGAGAAUGUGUCCCAGGAUUCACCGUCCCCAACCUACUGCCCAAGUGGGGAGCUGAUCACCGGUCUGAGGUGGAGCGAAUGGACUCUGGCCUGGAAAAACUCUCCGACUCUACAUUCCUAUUGCCUUCCCGGCCUGCUCAGAGGGGGUUUCAUGCUCGUCUGAACCGCCUUCCAGGAGCUGCUGCCCGCUGUCUCAGAAAAGGACGUAGGAGACUCAUUGGCAAGGAAACCAGCUUGAGCACUCUGGGCAGUGAGAGGAUGGGUCACAUCGUUAGUGACCCACGUCAAAAAGAAAAGAACAAAGUGCUGACUUCUGAUUUCCACCAUAUUGUGGCCUGUGCACAUGAGUUCAAUCCGUUAUCUCCUUUGUACUCUCUGGAUGUUCUUGCUGAUGCCUCCCACAGAAGAUGCUCACCAGCACACUGCACUGCCAGACAGACAAAUAUACACCUGGGACCACCCUGCUCAAGGGAUAUCAAGAGGAAACGAAAGCCAGCAGCAGCUGCAGCCUCUCUUUCCAGCCCUACUUCAGGAGAUCUCUGGACCCUUUGCCGUAAGAGCCUAAUUCUUGCUAAGCAGCUUUACCUGUCCACAUGGAUGCAGCAGACUCAUCCCUGCCAGCGACACAGUCCCAGAGGUCCCAGAGCUCUGACUGGACGGGCAGAACCCGGGCAGCAGAGAAAUCCACUGCUGCUUCGUCAGCUAACUUCUUUAAAACACCACAAGAGAAGGGCUCUGGAUACAGCUAGAUGGAGGUGUCUCUACUCGGAGCUGUUUGCAUUUAUGAAAUGUUGGACUUCGAAGUAUAUCAGCACUGAACGUCUCAUUUGGCAAUAACCAUCUCAUCAGUGUUGGUGCGUGAUGCUCACCAUCCUCCAGACUGAGGUGUUCUCUUUCCUCCCCUUCCCCUCAGUCAUGUAGUUUAUUGUAUGUCCAGGUUCCGUGCCCCCCUCUGAGGAAUGCUACUUGUGGCAGCAAGGUGAGUAAGGGGACAAAGGUUUUUUUAGAAGUAAGUGUCAGUAAAAUAAUAAAACAAGGAAACUUUAUGCAAUGCAAUGAUCCUGCUUCCAGCGCAGCAGGAGCUGACACCCACCUCAGGGAGCUGGUGCUGAGUCCCACGAUGAGGCUAAGGCCUGGUCAACACACACAAUUUAAAUUGCCAUAGCUGUGAUACUUAAGGAUGUGAAAAAUCCACAUCCCUGAGCGCCAUAGCUCUGCUGACCUAUCCCCUGGUGUGGACACAGCUAGGUCAACAAAACAAUGCUUCCAUCGACCUAGCUACUGUUGUUAUGGGGAGGUGAUGUUCCUACAGCAACAGAAAAACUCCUUCCAUCACUGAAGGUUGAAUCUACAUAUGGGCGUAUGCUGACAGCUAUGGCACUAUAGUGUAGAUGUGGCCUUAGCUACGCCACUUUAACUCUGUUGGGAUUGUUAAAGUGGUACAACUCCCAUUGUGGAUGUAGUUUUACUGGUAUAAAGAUGCUUUUACCGGUAUAGUUACCUCUGUACAGGAAGGGGAAUAACUACUGGUAUAAAUCACCUUUAUACCAACUGCAGCCACACUGGGGAUUGUACCAGUAUAACUAUUUUAGUAAAAAUCCACACCACUAAUUGAUGUGGUUAUACUGAUAAACCUUUCAUUUGUAGACCAGGCCUUAGUGAAGCAGGAACUUGAAAGAUCAUAGUCUGUAGAAGGGAGCAGAAACAUCGUCAUGGCUCAGGGGGAAUCGAAAGCCCAGAGCCAAGUCCCAGUGUUACACUUAAGUGUUUAGUGUAGACAAACCCUUUGUCGGCAAAACUUUUGUGGGUCAGAGAGACACCCCUGACCUACACAAAUUGCACCGACAAAAGCACUGGUGUGCACAGUGCUAUGUCAGCGGGAAAUGCUCUCCCGCCAACAUAGUUACCUCCACUCAUUGGAGGUGGUUUAAUCGAGCCAGUGGGAGAGGUCUCUCACGUCGGCAUAGAGCAGCUACAUUUGAGGCCUUACAGUGGUGCAGCCACAGUGGUACAGCUGUGCCGCUGUAAGGUCCGUAGUGUAGACACAGCCUUAGAAAGAGUUAGGAGACUGGAGGCAUCUGGAAAGAUGUGGGAGGUCCAAAAGCUCAGUCUGGGCACACGUGUUCAGAAGGCUGAAAGAGCAAUUUGAGCUGUAGAAACGGAGUUUUACUGAACUAAGGUAGAAUGUGAAGGAGACAAGGCAUUAUAAUGAAAUCUGUCUGAGGAUCCUCUUGGACCUGUUCCAUGGUAUCACACCAACCUCACUAUGUGGCUUUAAGCUUCAGUCCCCCACUUCAGAUCUCUUUCCUUUCUCUUUGAACACUUUUUUUUUUUUUGUCCCUUUGGAAAUAAAGCUUCAUUUAAUCAUAAUGACAAGGGUGGAAUGAUGGAUGUGAGGUGGAAGAGAAUUCCACAGCUGGGAGGAGCAUAUGGCUAAAACAUCUUCAAAGCUAAAGGUCCUGGAACAGUAGACACUACAAAACCGGCACUGGCUCAUCUCACAACCUGGUAAUUGUGAGAAAACAAGGAAGCCUCUUAUUUAAAAAGGGGCAAGACCACUUGAAGUCUUCUGUGGAAGAAGUGUCAUCUUGCAACCAGUGUCUUGUUGAUAUAGGUAUUUGAUGCCUCCUAUCACCAUCGUAUCUGAGCAGCUCAACUACUGUGCCAUUUAUCACUGUGAAAACCUUUUUGGAGGAGAGAGAUAUUCUGAAUGUUUAGUAACUGUGAGGAGAAGAGAAUUUUGGUUGCUUCCUGGAGAAUCUAUGGACCACAAGCCCAGCUCCGCAGUGGUCCUGGCCUGCCAGUUGUAAUGCAGUGUACUGUCAGCUGUGAUGCACAGAGCAGAAUUACAGAUGUUUUUCAGGAAGAUGGAACAGAAACUUAAAAAGGGAGAGUGAAAUACAGGAAAAGGGAAUCAGAUAUUGCAUGGAAACCAAAAGCUAAGUUAAGGACAGCCAGAAGAAUGUGAAAAAGCUAAAGUAACCAUAGUUAGUACAGGUCAAAGGGGAAUGUAGGUGAUACUUUCUGUAGGACAGAACUGAAAGCAUUGUAGUGUCAUAUAGACAGAAAAGAUAAUAAAGAGGCUAACUUGGAACCCUUGCAGGACCUAUGUAGUUACAUUUCCUGCCUUUAACCUUAGUCCAACAUGCUAACAGUACCGAGAUGGCUAGUGAAAGGUCUGCAAGUGCAACACAUUGACCUUCCUAGACAGCUGUAUCUUCAUGACAACAUUACGAAAGAUGCUCAGAAAAGUUUUAGUUCAGGUACUUAUUGAUAAAUGUACCACCUAGCUCAAAGGCUUAGCAGUGGAGCAUAUGAAACCUUUAUCUCUUUUAAGUCACUGAUUUUGAAUUCAUCCAGUAGUGACUAAAAAAGAUUGCCAGCUUGCAGAUCUCCAGUAGAUUUUAAGACAAUUGCUCACAGUGUUAUGUUCUUAGUGGACAAAUGUAUACCACACAAUUAUUAAUCGCCAACAAUGUGCUUGGUUCUGUCUAAGACAGGAAAUACAGACAGCCACUGCCUAGGCUAGCUUACCAUUUAAAGAGUAAUAUUGAAUAUGAAAACAAAAAAUACUGUUGCCAUUGGAACUGAUUAAUACUUGUGUUGGUAGCAUUGGGAGACAAAAGGACUGAAUGAGCUGUGGAGGUGGUUGUGUGGUGAACUGGAAAUAGCAAUGCUGACUCACCUUUGCCUGGUACUUUGAGAUCUAUGUAUGUAAAGUGCUAUAGAUAAGUUGUGUCUUUAGAUUUUCCCUAGAUGUAACUGUAUUUUUCAGGCUGAAUUUAUUUUUAGCCCUGUAUUUUCAACCUCUUCUUGUUUAUAAUUCUUGGUCUUGCUGCUAUUCACAAUUUCCCAGUUAGAUUUAAUGUAAUGUGCUGUCUCCUAUUUCUAGAGCAUUAAUGAAGAAGUUAAAUAAGACUGGACCUUGCACUCAAGCCAUGUGGCUCUCUACUGAACUUCUUGCCCUAUCCCACCAUGUUGUAAUUUAUUAUUAAUUAUUUUUAUUAUAGUAGCCCUUAAGUGCCCUAGUCAUAGAUCAAGACCCCAUUGUGCUGGGCCCUAUUCAAACACAGAACAAAGACUGUUCCUGCCCCAAAUGGCUUAGUCAUUGCUCUCUUGGCCUUUCAUCUAAUUUGAGCACAUCUAAUGGUGUGCUCAGAAUUAUUGUCAGUUCCGUGAGAACAGGUAAGAUUUUUUUGUGACGCUAUAUAAAGUGAAGUCCAGCUCUGUCGCACUGUGUUCCCUUGUGAAGGUGAUCACUCACUUCAUGAGCCUCCUAGGGGGCUGGUUAGAACAAAGCAGGCUGUCUUCUUUCCUAGUGCCCCCUGUUAAGUUGUUCCUGCACAGCAGUAGUCUGCCCUUUCAAUGACAGCCCUCUGGCCAAGUCAUGAAUUGUGUCCACCCCUUUCAGGGUACACAGAGUCCAACAAAGGAUACCUUUAGUGUCAGGCAAAGAGGUUCCAGGCCACACUGGGCCAAGGUCCCAGAGUCAUGACCCUCUGGGUUAUAGAGUCUUGCUAGUCCAUAUUUCUUUGUACCUAGUGUAGACUUUUUGCCUUCAGCCCUAUCUGGGGAUUGGUAGGGGAACCCAGGCCUUCCCUCUCCACCAGGUCCUAAUCCAGGGCCAUGUGGUAGGCAGCAAGGUCCUGCACCCUAAUGGGUGUGCCGCUGCUCCCCUUCAUUGCUUCCCACCAGUCUCCUCUCACAGAAGGGCAAAGCAAAGACAUGUAAGCAAAAUAAAUCAAAAGAUAAAUCCCAGAUCUUGCAGCUAUCCAAAGUCUCUUUUCCCUCAGCAGAUCAGGUAGGUUCUUAAUAGUCAGGAGCCCCAGGCAGCUGGCCCUUCCAUAGUAAUCCCUCAGAGGAGCUAAGAGUGUUGGCCUGCUUGCCUCCACUGACUGACUACAAUUGAGUUGCUCUGCUCCCCCUUUAAACUCCUCCUCCAGUGCCUGCAUGCAUUGCAAGUGGGGCUGCCAACGCCCAAAGUAGCUCUUUAAGCCAUUCUUUUCCAGUGCAGGAUUUGUACACCCCAUCACAUCCCUUCAUAUGCUAAUUCAGUAAUUCUGUUUUAUUAUAUGUAUUUUACUGUAGUUUCUGAAGGCCUCAGGAAGGAUCAAGGCUCAGUUUUGCUAGAUGCUAUACCAAAUGCAGACUAAAAGAACAGCUGCUGCCUUGGAGUGUCUACAAUUUAAUAAAGGGUGAAGAAGGUAUGAAGACAGACAUGAGGAAAAGAAAUGAAAGAGGCAUUGUGGUUGGUGUCACUGAAUGAUUGACUAUUACAAUUCAAUGAUUGUAGUAUGUGCAGAGAUGCAUAUUACCAGUGCCUUGAACAAAGAUGACACUGAGGCAGUUGUCUGCUGUGCUCCCAGUCACAGGGGAUCAUGGACAUCACUGACCCAUGUACACAGUGGAUAUGAGAUGAAAAAGGAAAUUGCCACAGGGGCAGCUAGAAUUUGGUUGGUUGCCACUAGUUUCAUCCUUUGUCCCUUGGUGUCGUUCCCUCUGCACUCCACCCCCCCCCCCAAAAGAAGUAGGUACAGUAUAACUUGAGAGUUACAAACACCAGAGUUAUGACUGACUGGUCAACCACACACCUCAUUUGGAACCAAAAGUAUACAAUCAGGCAGCAGCAGAGACCAAAAAACCAAAACCACAAAUACAGUACUGUGUUGUGUUAAACGUAAACUACUAAAAAAUAAAGAGAAACCAGCAUUUUUCUUCUGCAUAGUAAAGUUUCAAAGCUGUAUUAAGUCAAUGUUUAGCUGUAAACUUUUGAAAGAACAACCAUAACAUUUUGUUGAGUUAUGACCAUUUCAGAGUUAUAACAACCUCCAUUCCCGAGGUGUUCGUAACUCUGAGGUUCUAUUGUAUUUAAAAGAAGGAGGGAAAAAAAAAAGGUAGGUGUUUCAAAAUCAUAAAGGAAUUACAUGAGCUGGAAAGGACCUGGCAUUCAUUACUGAGGUAUAGACAAAGCAUGUUACAGGGGGACUGUCAAAUGCACAGCGUGAACACCACCUGCCCCCAGUGUUUCUGUUCUUGUAUCUUUAAUUUUGUCUCCUUUUUUGCCCCAGCUUAACUGUUUGGUGUGGGAGGUGUGUUGCCUUUGUGUCAUAGAACAUCUAUGUAACCCCCCCCCCCCCCCCCGCAAAAAAAUGCCUUCUAGUGAGUGACUUAGAGCUCAAUCUGUUCAGCUUAGCACUGAGGUUGAGAGGUGACUUCAUUAUGGUGUAGAAGUUCUUUCAUGGGGAGAAAAGGCUGGGUACUAAUAGUCUCUCUCUCUAAUCUAGCAGAGAAAAGCAUUACAAGAACCAAUGGCUGGAAGCUCAAGUCAGACAAAUUCUAAUUAUAAACUAGGCACAAAUAUUUAACUGUCAUGGUGAUUAACCAAUGGAACAACCUACCCAGGAAGUAGUGGAUUCUCAAUUUCUUGAUGUCUUCAUAUCUAGACUGGAUGUCUUUCUGGAAGGUAUGCUUUAGUCAAACCUGUGUUACUGGAUUCAACACAGGGGUAAAUGGGUGACAUUCUAUGGUCUGCUUGAUAGUGGAGGUCAGAUUAGAUGGUCAAAUAAUUUUUUGGCUCUGAAAUGUAUGAAGCAGGUUGUCUUUUGUCUUGCUAUCUUUCCACUCUGAUGUGUGAGAAGAGAGAUGCAAUGAAAGGUGUGUAGCAUUACAGUUCCCGGCAGUAUAAUCUGGGCAAAAAACCCAGAAGAUGAUAAUUGUGCCAAAGGGCUGCAAGCAUGGAAUCAGCAAUUGGUGAGACAAGGAGAAAGGCAAGAAUUUUGUUUAUGCAAAUAAACAUACAUCUCUUACCGCAUUUGUAUGUAACCUCACAGGACUGAACACAAUGUGGCAAUGUGUUGCUGAUGUGCAAUUUUGAGGCACCCAACUAUCUCCUGGUUCAAGAUUCCUUAACAGUUAGGAUGCCCCCCUUUUCCUGCUACGCAAAAGUGAAGCAGGAAUUCCUCCUGGUUCUAUGCAGAAUCUAUCAGUAUUGAGUCAACUUCAGGAGCUCUAUCUCAGCUCUUUAGUUCAGUUGUGUAUUCUGUGUGGAUUCUCCCCUAGACUAAAGCAAGUAGGGAAUUGGUGGGCUUGCUAUCGCCUUGGCAGGACAUCUGAUGAAAUAAAGUACUUAUAACUUCCUUGCAUUUUAUUGCCUAUAAUCAGGAAUUGAUUCCACUUCCCCUGGUGUGACAUAAGGAAAGAUGUCUCCCUGCAGAAGUGCUCCACUGGUGACCCCUGGUUUGAUAUGGAAAUGAAAGGGGCAGGUGGCAGGUGUCUUCCUGUGGAAGAGCUCUGCUGCAUCCAGCUUCUGACAGGAGAUGAUGUGGCUGGAGAGAGUGUUGUUCACACUGGUAUGAUGGUCUCUAAUAAUGAGAGGGCAAUAACCAGCUUUAAAAUGUACCAAACUGCAUCUCCUGGCAUGCUUCAAAAUAAAUGUAAAAUUCCUGCACCGAUGGGGCAGUUCCCUAUGCCAGCUUAAUCACAGGUCCUGGAAAUGGCACUGACAUCUAGUGCUAGCAGCUGUCUUUGUUGUCCGGAAUGAUGUAGUCUAGUCCUUGGUACUGGAAGUUCUGCUAUUAAUACCCUGAGCUGAGGCCACGUGCACUGAGCUGGCCCCUGGGCAGAGCUGAAGUCUAAGAAUUCCCACUCUCUCACCUUUGGCUGCACCAGAGACUAAGCCAAGAGCAGGAAAAGCUAGAAGAAACCUGAUCAUUCAUCUGUCAUGGGCAGCCUAUCCAAAGAGAGUUCUGGGAUGGCUUUCCCGCAGAAACCUGUAUGGAGCACUUUGUACAUAUCACAAGUGUUUUGUGUGGUCAUGGAGUUUCCCUAUUAACGGGGCUUGAACUCCAGACUGUUAGGACUUUUUGUUUGUUUGGUAAUGGUGUAAACAAGGAAAACUCAUGUCUGUGUCCCUUAGUCUAAAAAUAUGCUGUGUACUCUCUGAGCCAAGCUCUCAGAGAAUCUUUGUUCAGAUUGUAGAAACUGGAAAUAAAAGCAAUAUUCAAAA